CCUCUUGACUGAAAGUUCUGGAGGGUGAAGUAGACAACAGGAGGAGUGUAUAAGAGUCUGUGACAAACCAGGCGAGCAGCAGAGCAAGUGUUCCGUAAAAGACGAGUCCUAAAGAAGAAACUAAGUGCUAAUCAGAUCAGAAUGGCUUUGCUGUGUUAUAACAGAGGCUGCGGCAAAAGGUUUGAUGAGGAUAAGAACUCUGGUGAUGCCUGUUGUUUUCAUCCUGGAAUGCCUAUCUUUCAUGAUGCCCUGAAGGGCUGGUCCUGCUGUAAGAAGAGAACGACAGACUUCUCAGAGUUUCUUUCAAUCCAGGGUUGUUCUCGUGGACGUCAUAGUAAUGUGAAGCCUGAAGAGCCGCUGAAGCCUGAGUGCAAGUCUGAUAAAGGAGAGAAAAAUCUUCACAGCAGCGAGGAGAUCAUCUACCAGGGCCCCAAAUCUGCUGAGGCUUUGGAGAAAGAGCGACCUAGCUCUGAUGAGCCGAAGUCCAAGCUGAAAGUGAAGGUGUCUCCUUCUCUGUCUCAGAUCCUGGAGAAAAUGGAGAUCAGUGAAAAGCAGAAGCAGGAGAAGCUCGACAGUAAAAUCGUCAUCGUGGGGACAAAGUGUAAAAACUCAGGAUGCAAAACACUAUACCAGGGUCCAGAGACAGAUGCAGAGGUUUGCACACAUCACCCUGGAGCACCAGUCUUUCAUGAGGGAUACAAAUACUGGAGCUGCUGCUGCAUAAAGACCAUCGACUUUAACGCUUUCCUGGAUCAAAAAGGCUGUACUACAGGCAAACACUGCUGGGUCCAAAAACAGGACAAGAAGAAGGUUGCAUGUCGAAAUGACUGGCACCAGACGGGCAACCAGGUGGUAGUCACUAUCUAUGCCAAGAACGCCAACCCUGAGCAUUCCUAUGUGGAGGCGAACCGCACUGUGCUGACAUGUCAUAUCCAGUUUGAAAAUGACAAGGAGUUUCACAAGGACUUCUAUCUGUGGGGGGUAGUUGAUGUGAAGAGCAGCUUGGUCAACAUGGUGCCUUCUAAAGUAGAAGUGACCCUAAAGAAAGCUGAUGCUGUGGCUUGGGGAAAACUGGAGGACUCCAAACACAAACCUGAACCCGAGGUCACAGAAGACAUCUGUUCCACAGAGCAGGAGAUGAAAGCUGACGAAAAACCAGACUGGUACAUCUCAGAUGAUGACAUCAGUGAGUCAGACUGGGAGGAUGACGACGACGACAACAAGGAGGACGUUAAGAAAGAGGAAGAGCAGGAUGUGGACGGUCCUCCUUUGCUUGAGGAACCCAAACCUGUACCUCCAACGAAUUAGAGGCCAGUUAAUCUGCACAGGGAUUGUUUUUACUCAGUGUGCCAGUCGAGGUUUAGAGGGGAAUGAAGUGCAUUGUAAUAAGUUCAUUUAAAUUUAUUUCACUGUCAUCAUUUCAUUAAAGUCAUAGAAAUAAUGAGUUAUAAGAAUUAUUCUCAUCUACUGCACAUUUAAAAAAAGAAGAUGGUCACCAAAAACUGCAUUUUGUACAUUUUCUAACAUUUACAGAGUUAGUUAGUUAACACCCAGGGGUUGGUUAUUUUCCAAAAGCAGCAUGUUCUUAUGUGCUUUAUUCCUCAACCACCUGAGCAACUCUAAUGUAUUAACGAACCUCCUCAUGCAUUUUAUCUAAUUGUACUUGCAGGUCUUCCCUCACCAGCCUCUUUUAUUCUGUUUUAAUAAGAAAAGAAAGUGCAGUGUGUCGUGUUAGCAAGAAACCCUUGAAGAAAGAACUCCUCUGUCAUGAAGACUCCUGUGGUGGAAAACUUUGUCUGUUCAAUUAUGAGUCUCUUUCCAUAAAUGUCAAAUAAACAUCUAACAGAAAA